GGCCAAGUGCCCAAGUUCAGCGCCGUUCCACACACGGAAGAGGAGGGUAAGUCGCGCCACUCGAUAACCAGCCCGGCAACACGCAGCGUAACAGCUCCGAGUUCCAACCAAUCAGCAACUUAAUCGAAAAUGGGCAGGCGCUGGCAGCUCCGUGACAAGGAGAACUUCAUCAACUAUGUGAAGAUCGAGCUGCAGCUUCUGGCGCGGGAGUGGAAGAUCAUCCUUCCGUGCGUCUUCAUGCAGUACGCCCACGCCAUCUUCCACAACCUGGCGUACUAUAUCCAGGCCCAUUACCUCUCGACGGAGCAGCGCUUUACGCUCCACGACUUGGGUUAUGAACUCAUGGGCGAGUUGACGGGCUGGGCCUCGGACCUCUCGGACAUCCUCGUGUUCGCCACGAUCUUCGCCCCAGCCAUCGCUCUGGUGCUGACGAUCCCGCUCUUCCGACAGGAGCCUGGCCGCCCGCGGUACCUUGUGAUCACGCUCAAGCGCUGUCUGCUGCAACUCAGUAUCUGUCUGGUCUUCCGCUGCAUUUCGUUCCUCGUGACGGCUCUCCCGGGCCCUGCUGACCACUGCGAACUCAAGUUUAACGACACGUGCUUGGCGGCGAACCCGGACGAUCCGGUGCCUUGCGUUGUCCCCAACCCGGAGUUUACCCCACCCACCAUUGGCGAGCUGUUCACACGUCUGGACUCGCUCAACGGCUGCGGUGACUUGAUGUUCAGUUCCCACACGAUCUACACGGUGUCAUUCAUCCUAACGGUCUGGAAGUACUGGCCUAACAAGUACGGAAUCUCCAUCAUGGUUCUCGUGCAGAUUACUAUCGCGUUCCUCAUUGUGGCCUCGCGCAAACACUACACGCUUGACGUGUUCUCUGCGCUGUACAUUGUGCCACUUUUCUGGCUCGCACUGGAGGCGUACCACAAGGACAUUAACAACAAGGACACAGAGGUCACGGUCAAGACCAUCUACGACUUCUACGGCAUUGACGUCUCGAGUGACGCUAACGACGGCGCUGUGCCUCUUAACACUACGGAUGUUUUACCUCCGCAGGCCGCUCCGCUUAACUCGGUGCAGGUGGCCCUGACGGAAGACGAAAGCCUGAGUGGCGAGCGAUUGGAUCCCGACACUAGCUUCCAGCGCAAGAAUUCUGUGUAAGGUAGAUGGAAUACUUUCAUUUGGACUUCAACUAUAAUAGGGACGUAUGAUCGGCCUGCGUACACUUUUUUUUCUCU